GAGAGAACGAGAUAGAGAUACAAACACGGAGAGUGUGUGAGAGAGGGAGAGCGGAGGAAAAGGCGAGAAAAACAAAAGAGUCAGGAGAAGGAACAAGGAGAUAGAAAAAGUCGAUAAAAGCAGAUUGAGAGGAGGCUCUGGACAAGCGACCGCUGCGCAUCAAAGGAGGGACUUUACUGGGAACCUUAUUGGAGACCAGCGCCAACAAAACCCGACUCCGGAGGCGGAAUAUAACGGUGACACUCCAGAGCUCCUCUGCCCUCCUGAGGAUUCAGUGAGACAGGCGGAUCUGUGCGCCCGACCAUGGCCUUCCCAUCAGCCCCCUCUGCAUUAUGGAGCGUCAGCUUAUUGACAGUCCUGUUCGCAGCUGUGGUUCACAGCAACAUUGUCUUUGACGACGACCCCUUCCAACCAAUAACCUCAGAUGAGACGGUGUCCGUGGGGGGCACAGUGACACUGACCUGCCGGGUGGCUGAGAGCGACAACUCCUCCCUGCAGUGGUCCAACACUGCACAGCAGACCUUGUACUUCGGAGAGAAGAGAGCGCUGAGAGAUAACCGCAUCCAGCUGCACCGCUCGACGCUCACCGAGCUUUCCAUCACCAUCGCCGAAGUGCAGCUGUCCGACGAGGGCGAGUACACCUGCUCCAUCUUCACCAUGCCAGUCCGCACCGCCCGAGCCACCGUCACCGUGCUAGGUGUGCCCGCUAAGCCUCAGAUCUCUGGCUUUGAGAAUGCAGUGCCGGAGGGGGGCAAAGUCACCCUGACCUGCACCAGUACCGGCAGCAAGCCCCCCGCCAACCUGCACUGGUACCGAGGAGACCAGGAGCUGGAAGGACGUCCAGACGUGGUGCAGCCCGUUCCAGAAGAUCUCACAUACAACGUGAGCAGCGAGCUCACCCUGGAGGUGAGCCGCGACGACGACAACGCCCUCAUCACCUGUGCCGUCCACCAUCCCUCUCUCGCCCCGGGGGACAAGAGGAGCGAGCAGGCUCUGCGGGUGUUGUAUUCCCCGAACGUGCAGAUCCUGCCUGAGAGCGAUCUGCCCAGAGAGGGGGAGAAGUUUCAUCUUCAGUGUUUGGGCAAUGGCAACCCUGAGCCUACCUCCUACAUGUGGGAGAAGAAGGAUGGAGAGCUCCCCCCACUGGCCAAAAUCGACGGUGCUUUCCUGCGUUUUGAGAUGCUCAACAAAUCAGAUAAUGGCGUCUACCUCUGCCACGCUGACAACGGCAUCGGCGGCAGCCAGGGGGAGUACACACUCCUGGUGCAAGAUGCUGCAGGCAACAUUACAGACCCCACAGCCAUGUCAACCUCUUCGGGGGUGGAUCAUGCCGUGAUCGGAGGGGUGGUGGCUGUUAUCGUCUUCAUCCUGCUCUGCCUCCUCAUCGUCCUCGGCAGAUACCUCAUCAGACACAAAGGAACGUAUCUGACCCACGAGGCCAAGGGCUCGGACGACGCCCCCGACGCCGACACAGCCAUCAUCAACGCAGAGGGAGGUCACUCCGGAGCAGAGGACAAGAAGGAGUACUUCAUCUAGACAGAAGACGGAGUGUCGGAGGCAAAGAGCGGGAUGGAGAGGAGGAGGAGGAAGAGGAGAAAAGAUGGAGGACGCGGAGUAGAUGAGAGGGGAGGAGUGAAGGGGAAAAAAACCUCCAUUUGUUUUCACGACGCUUCAGUUCUUCACUCAGUUGGAGGGAUGAUGGGAGGGGAAGGGAGGGAAAGAACUGUGGGCAGGAUAAAGCGAUGAAUUGAGCUUCAACUGGUACUACCCUCUUUGCAUUGAUACAGGGAAGUGAGAUUUUGCACUGACAUACGGACGAACUGAAGUCACACACUCAAACACACACACGCACACACACACACACACACGUACAUGAGUCAGUUUCGGGGGAAAACUCUUCUCGCACAGACUCGAAUGCUCGUAGACGCUCAGAUUAACCAACACGAGCCUCCUACUAACAAUUAUUUCUGAAUGACACAUUAACACAUUUUUACACAAGCAUCGUAUCCUGUUUCUGUCAGCGCCUCGAAGAAGCAAAAUUGUAACUCACAUUCCAGUAUCCCGAGCUGAUACUACACCUUGACAGCCCGUCUCCUCAACAUUUAAACCAAACCAGCUCUGUGUUUUCAUGCUUGUGUCCCCAUUCUCUCCAUCUAACGAGGCAGUAUCCCUCUGUAAACGUCCCAGUGGCAGAGAAAUCCAUCCAAAGCAAAUUAUGACUGACAAACAUAAUCUCCCUCUCUCACGGUUUAAUCUUUUUAUACCAUCAAACCUCUUCCUGCGUCCUAACAAACCCCAGUAGGAGCUGUUGAAUUUCCCACAGCGCAGCACCACACAACAUGCAACUCUCAUGCAAAAAUAGCAUUCCUGCCUUGCGCUACCAAGCCAAGGGGCUCCAGUAUACAUAUAUAAAUAUAUAUAUAUAUAUAGAAUUAUAUAGCAUUCUUUUUACUUGACAGAAAAUGUUUAGUGUGCUGUAAAUACACACAAUCUCUCUCUCUUUCUCUCUCUCUCUUCCGUCUUUCCUUCUUCUGUCCCUCCUGUCUGUUCUCUCUACAUCUCCCUCACUCCGGUAUCUCAUACAGUCUGUUACUGCAUUACAGUAACUUAUAUACUCUAAAAAAAAAAAAAAAAAAAAAGCCUGCCUGUUUUUAUUACAUGCGUGGAAAUGCGGAGUCGAAACUAUCAAUAUCUGGGGAAAAAAAUAGGAAAAUAACAACGAAGACUAACCUUAACUGCAAAUAUUUGUAUGAGGAACGAUUUCCUUCCUUCUUUUCUCUUUAUGUUUUAUUCCUUUUGGUUUUUGGGACUUAUGAGAGAUUUUCUCUGUCUCAGUGUGUGACCGUCAGUGUUAACAGUUUACAGUGUCUGUCGGUUUGUCAGUCCAGGAGUCCAUAAAUCUAAUUUCUAGCUUGUUUUGAUUUUGAGAUUGAAAGUUUAGAUGAUAGACUUUAACUUGCUUUUUUCUCUGCGGCACAUGCGAUGCUGCCAUCUUCUCCCCGAUCUGUUGGCCCUCUGCUCCCAAACACUAAACUGUAGCAAAACCUCGGUCGAACACAGUUUCGAAAGGUCUCAAAGUGUUUGUUGGAGCUUUCCUCGAGUAUCGCCGCCUGGCGCAUGUUGACCUCUGCGAUCGUCCUUCCACUCGGCCCCUGCUGAAUGCAAACUGCUUGUCUUGGUGAGGUCGCCUGGUGCUACAUUCGUUGAGCGUUGAUAGAAUGACUUCCUCUGCUCCUCUUGCUUUUCACUACAGGGCCAGACAGGACUGCCUACAUGCAUAAUGACAACCUUCCUGGUAAAAAACCCUUUAUGUGAUUGUUUUUUGGAUUUUUUCUGCGUGUGUGUGUUAUUGUUAGCAGGAAUCAUUCGCCAGCUGAGCAAAAAGGUUCCCAUAAAUGAGGGUUGUUUUAUUGAGGUUCGGAGUUCGCCUUGGCACUGGCGAGCUCCACUUGGCCCGGUCGUGGAAAUUGAUUGCUAUCUAACUAAGAGGCUUUGGGCUCCAGAGUGUGCACAUGCCAAGGUCUGGCUUGGCAGGCAGGGUGCCGAGUCGGAGUCUGGGCUGCACUAACGCUGAAGAAAGUCAUUUAGGAACUUAAAUGUCCUCUCCCCCCUCAGCCCCCUCCGCUCUGCUCGUCCAUUUCUUUUCAUUCUUUAAUCAAUCAUCCUGUCUGUGUCCUGAUCCACCUUCACCCAGUCUCUCCUCUCCUAAUCACUCCUUCUCCCUUGUCUGCCUGCUCCCACCCCUCCAUCUCUGAUCGAUGUCUGAUUCUCCUUGCCGGUCCCCCUCUCUCUCAUUCGGCAGUCCAUGCAAACGUACAGUAGAAGUAGCGCCUAGAUUUGCUGACGUGUGCUGAUGGCUCUCUGCGGCACUUUUUUUGGGCGGGAGGUCGAGUGUUUUGGGGAAGAAACCAUUUGCUGUUUUCAGUCUAUCCGUAGACAGACAGAAAUGUUCUGUCUGUGAUAGUUUUUGUACACCCUUGCUGGGAAUGUUCAGGGAUUGUGCUUUUCGUACCUUUCUCCGCAUUGACGUUAACUGCUACCUAGCUAGCUGCUUUGACAGGAAGUGGUCCGACUAGUGCGUCUAUAAGCUAACUAAUACUACGAAGGGUAACGUGACCUGAAGCAGGAUCAGCUGUUUGUUUGGGGUUUUUUUCUUCCUAGAGAGCUCUGUUGGAGUUUGGGGUGGCUAAGUUAACGCUGUGUUUGAAGUCUGUUGGAGACUGUUUGGACCUGCACCACACAACUUUAAACAAACCCGGGUGAAUGUUUUGAGGCAUUCAGAACGCCGUUUCUCCCACAGCUGCUCUGCAACACUCUUCAGCUUCUCAGAGUAUUCAUGUCUGCAGACCAGAGGACGGGCUUUGUCUCACUGAGUUCAUUGUCCACUUAGAAGCGUAACCUUUGAUUUGUAUUUAACCCCAGUUCUAAUUCUACUCUGUGAAUGGAGCAAUGAACACCUGCCUCAUACUCAAAGAAGUGUAGUGUCUUUUAAAAACUAAUGGACCUGUAUUUGCCUGUAAUUUAUCGUCCUGUCCUUUGUCUUCGUUAAUGUGCUAGCAUGUAGCUUGCAUGAGAAAACAGCUGGAGAUGUAGAUAGUGUUGGAGAUGACAAGUGCCGACAAGCUUCUCUCCUGAGACAAAACCGGUGUGCCCGACUUGACCUCGCCGCUCUGAUCUGCAAACAUACGCGGUGCGUCCCAGUUAAACCCGUCUUUACCUCCUCGACGCUGCAGAGAAAACUGACAGAGUAGGACUCAAUCUGCUUCUUCCAACCGCUGCUGCAUUCAAACAGUGCAGGGGUUCAAUGACGUUGAAUCGGGACACGCAGUCGGUCUAAUUCAUAUUUCAUUGCGUCAGUGCAGUGAUGACACGCUGCCACCAGGUGCCAGCAAACAGCAGCUUUUCUUUUCCCUCCUCAGUCAGUCCGAGCUGUCCUGCCCCUCCACUUGGCUCUCACCAACUCCUGUUCAGGCAGUCGCACACUAGCUGCCAGUCAUCUCUUUUCGUUUUGUUUUGUAGUACAAACAAAUUGAUUUUUAAAAUAUGUUUUGUAAAAGGUGUGCAUAAUCUUAAAAUUUAUUACUUUCAGUUCAAUUGAUAAUCUUUUUUUUUUAAUUAGAUUUUCCAAAACUUGAAGGUUAGAAAUUUUGAUUUUUUUUUUCCAUAUUUUAUUGUUUCAACAACCAUUUUUGUAUAAUUUCAUGUAUAUAGUGUUGCCUUUACUGGAUACUCUUAAAAGCGCACCCAUACACACUUUGCACACACACGUGGGGUACAUGCACAUCUACACACAUAUCUGGAUAUGCACAGCAGGCAUGAUGUCUGUGGCUAUGGUGUAUUGGUACAUAUGUGUGUGUAUGUGUGUUUGUGUAUGAGUGUGAGGUGUGUAUUAAUUGACCCAAACAGACUCCGGAGACACUCUUACAUGUGUUGCAUUCACAGAAAUGUUACUAUUUCAGUGACUAAAACAAUGUCUUUGUUUUUAGGAUUAUUAUUUUGGAUGACAAGUCUUCCUUUUGAAUAAAUAUCCAUAUCACAAGAAUAGUGCUGUCACGUAUGUUAAUUUGUACUAUGGUUGAUGAUGUCAUCAAGGCGAGACCCAAACCGCAUGCUGUGGCGGGUCUGCAUCUGUUGGCUGUUAUGUUCCUACAGUAUUUUGUUUAUUUGUUUUCUUUUGUUUUUCUUUUUUUGUUUUGUUAGAGCACCAGUUGAGUUGUUGACUUCAAUAAACAUGCAUUUGGGUUAAUUUCA